AUGGAUGGCAACCACAUCCAUGCUUGUCCUCCGACAGGCGAGCAAAUGGCAUAUACAAAACGGCACGGGUUUAAAUCACAGAAUAUUCUGGCAGUGUGUGACCAUGACAUGCACUUCAUCUAUGUGUAUGCUGGAUGGAAGGGAAGUGCACAUGACGCGCAAGUAUUAGGGUCAGCAUUAGCAUAUCCGUCGGAUUUUCCACUGCCGCAACCUGGCCAAUACUACUUAGUUGAUGCGGCAUAUAGGAAUGUUCCUGGCUUCAUGCCCCCGUAUAAGAAUGUGGGCCCCGAAUCUCCGGCAAAGACCUUGUUCAAUACUCGACAUUCGCAGCUUUGCAAUGUCAUUGAGCGCAUAUUCGGUGUGCUGAAGAAAAGAUUCAAAUUUUUAAAAGGUCCGAUAGAUAAUUUCUACAUGAGCACUCAAAUAACCAUAGUCAUUGCUUAUUGUACGUUGCACAGCUUUUUAAGGUUGCACCAACCGGAAGAUGCCCAUUUUCAACGGUUCGAAUCAAAAGACGUGCACUUAAAUGAAGAGCCAGAAGUAGCAGGCCAGUACCUCAGCCGUUCGCAUUGA